AUUUUCUGAAAGAUGCCAAGAAGCCUCCAGCUAAGCUAGAAAACUCCAGAAAGACAAAUUCAAUCUUCAACAUAACAGGACAAGCUUCACCAUGUUGGUCCUCAUCUUGCUUGGUCUUGCUCUGAUGGCUGUGGAUCCUUCAGAUGAACAGGAGCUGAAGCUGCUUCGUGGCAAUUGUCCCAUGUUCUGGUACAGCUAUGGGGGCCGUUGCUACAAAUACGUUGCUACAUCAAUGACCUGGGGAGAUGCAGAACUCCACUGUGUGUCACAAAACGCCAACCUGGUGUCAGUCCACAGUCUUAAAGAAGACAACCUUGUCAAGAUGCUGAUCAGAAACUUCGACCCUGCUGAGGCUCCGACCUGGAUUGGACUCAGUGAUGCUCAGAAGGAAGGAGGGUGGCUGUGGUCUGAUGGGACCAAAAUUGACUUUCAGGCUUGGGCCGCAAAACAGCCAGACAACUGGAAAGGCUAUGAACACUGUGCAUCCACCAACAAUUGGGGAAAAAAGGAAUGGAAUGACGUUAGAUGUUCAGCUGUCUAUCCUUUUGUUUGUAAGUCUCGUCAAAAUUGUUCCUAAUACAAAGAGGGUCUCUUUUUGUUUCUUGUUCAAAACUAAACUGAUCAUUUUUUUUGUCUUCAGUCUGUGUGGAAAAAGACAAAUUGUGUAAAAUAAUGCACAAGUUUUUGUUCAUGAAUCAUCUGUUCAAAUGUCCAAGAAAAAACCUCUGAAUGGUCAUAGAUUUUCUCUUUACUGAACUAAAUGUUUUGUAACUGUAAAUGUUUGCAUAAACAGACAUUUUUAAGACAUCAAAAAAUGUUUUUGGGACAAUAAAUUUCACAAAUAACACACAA